AUGUUUACGUUAGCAACGAGGUGUUUUUAUGUUUACGUUUUCUUCGUAGCCUUUCCUCUUGUGGAUUAUGGUUUGAGCAUAUUUUGCAGCAACUUCGACAGACUAUGUGGAGUACCAUUGCUACUCCUGGGUGUAGGAGGGACCUUUCUGAGUUAUGCUGCCAAAAACUUGUGGACUCUAUGCAGCAAUUAGGGGGUGUUUAAUUUCCGCUUCUGGAACUUACACUUGAUUCUUAACUUCCCAUACUACGAACAUUACUCGGCACAUA